AUGUAUUGCCCCUGUCUCAUACACAGCAACAGCAAUGUGUGCCCCUGUCUGAUACACAGCAAUGUGUGCCCCUGUCUCAUACACAGCAAUGUGUGCCCCUGUCUCAUACACAGCAAUGUGUUCCCCUGGCUGAUACACAGCAAUGUGCCCCUGUCUCAUACACAGCAAUGUGUGCCCCUGUCUCAUACACAGCAAUGUGUGCCCCUGUCUCAUACACAGCAAUGUGUGCCCCUGUCUGAUACAGAGCAAUGUGUGCCCCUGUCUGAUACACAGCAAUGUGUGCCCCUGUCUGAUACAGAGCAAUGUGUGCCCCUGUCUCAUACACAGCAAUGUGUGCCCCUGUCUCAUACACAGCAAUGUGUGCCCCUGUCUCAUACACAGCAAUGUGUGCCCCUGUCUCAUACACAGCAAUGUGUGCCCCUGUCUCAUACACAGCAAUGUGUGCCCCUGUCUCAUACACAGCAAUGUGUGCCCCUGUCUCAUACACAGCAAUGUGUGCCCCUGUCUCAUACACAGCAAUGUGUGCCCCUGUCUCAUACACACCAAUGUGUGCCCCUGUCUCAUACACAGCAAUGUGUGCCCCUGUCUCAUACACAGCAAUGUGUGCCCCUGCCUGAUACACAGCAAUGUGUGCCCCUGUCUGAUACACAGCAAUGUGUGCCCCUGUCUCAUACACAGCAAUGUGUGCCCCUGUCUCAUACACAGCAAUGUGUGCCCCUGUCUCAUACACAGCAAUGUGUUCCCCUGUCUCAUACACAGCAAUGUGUUCCCCUGUCUCAUACACAGCAAUGUGUUCCCCUGUCUCAUACACAGCAAUGUGUUCCCCUGUCUCAUACACAGCAAUGUGUGCCCCUGUCUGAUACAGAGCAAUGUGUGCCCCUGUCUCAUACACAGCAAUGUGUGCCCCUGUCUCAUACACAGCAAUGUGUGCCCCUGUCUGAUACACAGCAAUGUGUGCCCCUGUCUGAUACACAGCAAUGUGUGCCUCUGUCUGAUACACAGCAAUGUGUGCCCCUGUCUCAUACACAGCAAUGUGUGCCCCUGUCUGAUACACAGCAAUGUGUGCCCCUGUCUGAUACACAGCAAUGUGUUCCCCUGUCUCAUAUACAGCAAUGUGUGCCCCUGUCUCAUACACACCAAUGUGUGCCCCUGUCUCAUACACACCAAUGUGUGCCCCUGUCUCAUACACAGCAAUGUGUGCCCAUGUCUCAUACACAGCAAUGUGUGCCCCUGCCUGAUACACAGCAAUGUGUGCCCCUGUCUGAUACACAGCAAUGUGUUCCCCUGUCUGAUACACAGCAAUGUGUGCCCCUGUCUGAUACACAGCAAUGUGUGCCCCUGUCUGAUACACAGCAAUGUGUGCCCCUGUCUCAUACACAGCAAUGUGUGCCCCUGUCUGAUACACAGUUAGUGUUAUACACAGUAAGGUCUCAGCAGGCUGUGGGUCCAGUUACUCUGAGUACCAGCCAGGGCCCCCCAGCUCCCCGGACCCCCCCAGGACCCGCACCCCGGGAUCCUACCUGCCAGGGGCCCCGCACAGCCCGCUGCACCCAGUCCGGCCUGAUCCAAACAUGCACAAUGACUGGGCGGGGGGCGGGACGGAUCCGGGUAACCCCUUCACUGCCAGGCACACAGAGCUACACAGCCAGCUAUCACUGCUCCCACUCUCAGCACUCCCAGCCAGCCAGGAGACCAACCACAGCCCAGGGGUUACACACACACAUAUAUUACUGUAACCAAAACCACAUUAUAUACUGGAAAUAG